CUGCCAUAAAGUUGAACGGAGAAUUUUGGAUGAAUUUUCGAUUACGCUGCUCAGAAGAGUGAAGUGAUAAGUAAAAGCAAUUGAUAGAAUGACUGUAGUUGGUGAAGGAAGGUCAACAUUGAACCCCAAUGCCCCUCUUUUUAUCCCGGCUGUUCAUCGCCAAGUGGAGGAUUUCUCGCCAGAAUGGUGGCAACUGGUUACAACAUCAACGUGGUAUCGGGACUAUUGGAUGAGCCAGCACCAGGACGAGGAUGGUUUCUAUAAUAACGCGGAGGAUGAUGGCUUUGAUGGCACUGACAUUGCCGAUUUGCUUCCCGAUACCUUUGACCUUUUUGCGGAUGAGGAUCUCUCCGGUAUCGAUCUUCAGUUUGAAGAGUUGGUACAGUCUUACGAAAUCGAAAGCACAUCACCUCCUUUACCAUCUAAUGCCGGCUUCGAGGAGGAUGGUGAAACCCUGAUGAAGAAUGUGUCAUAGGCAGACCGCCAAGAACGUGAACCCUAAAAGCAGCUGCUGAAAGAAUCUCGUUAGCCAUUCGCAGGUUACAAUCUCUCAAGCACCUCAGUAGUGCAAUUUUCAGUUAGUUUAACUGUUCUUGUAUCAGUCCUUGUUCAAUCACGUCUAUGUUUCUUCUAGUUAACAGAAAA